GUUGAUGCUGGCCCAGGAUGGAUCAGACCUGUGAACUAUCUAGAAGAAAUUGUCUGCUGCCCUUUUCCAAUCCAGUGAAUUUAGAUGCCCCUGAAGACAAGGACAGCCCUUUCGGAUGAUCCAGACUCCAGUACCAGUACAUUAGGAAACAUGCUAGAAUUACCUGGAACUUCAUCAUCAUCUACUUCACAGGAAUUGCCAUUUUGUCAACCCAAGAAAAAGGCUACACCACUGAAGUAUGAAGUUGGAGACCUCAUCUGGGCAAAAUUCAAGAGACGCCCAUGGUGGCCCUGCAGAAUUUGUUCUGAUCCGUUGAUUAACACACACUCAAAAAUGAAAGUUUCUAACCGGAGGCCCUAUCGACAGUACUACGUGGAGGCCUUUGGAGACCCUUCUGAGAGAGCCUGGGUGGCAGGAAAAGCAAUCGUCAUGUUCGAAGGCAGACAUCAAUUUGAAGAGCUACCUGUGCUUAGAAGAAGAGGGAAGCAGAAAGAAAAAGGAUAUAGGCAUAAGGUUCCUCAGAAAAUUUUGAGUAAGUGGGAAGCCAGUGUUGGUCUUGCUGAGCAGUAUGAUGUUCCCAAAGGGUCGAAGAACCGAAAAUGUGUCACCAGUUCGAUCAAGUUGGACAGUGAGGAGGAUAUGCCAUUUGAGGACUGUACAAACGAUCCUGAAUCAGAACAUGACCUGUUGCUUAAUGGCUGCUUGAAAUCUCUGGCUUUUGACUCUGAACAUUCUGCAGAUGAGAAGGAAAAACCUUGUGCUAAGUCUCGAGCCAGAAAGAGCUCUGAUAAUCCAAAAAGGACUAGUGUGAAAAAGGGUCACAUGCAAUUUGAAACACAUAAAGAAGAACGGAGGGGAAAGAUUCCAGAGAACCUUGGCCUGAACUUUAUUUCUGCAGAUGUGUCUGAUAAGCAAGCCUCUAAUGAACUUUCCAGGAUAGCAAACAGCCUCACAGGGUCCAGCACUGCCCCAGCAAGUUUCCUAUUUUCUUCUUGUACAAAAAACACUGCAAAGAAAGAAUUUGAGACUUCAAAUUGUGACUCUUUACUGGGCUUAUCUGAGGGUGCCUUGAUCUCUAAACGUUCUGGGGAGAAGAAGAAACUCCAACGAGGUCUGGUAUGUAGUUCAGAAGUGCAGCUCUGCUACAUUGGAGCAGGUGACGAAGAAAAGCGAAGUGAUUCCAUUAGUAUCUGUACCACUUCUGAUGAUGGGAGCAGUGAUCUGGAUCCCGUAGAUCAUAGUUCAGAGUCUCAUAACUGUGUCAUUGAAAUUACAGAUGCUUUUGAUAGAACAGAGAACAUGUUACCUGUGCAGAAAAAUGAAAAGGUAAAGUAUUCUAGGUAUACUGCUACAAACACUAAGAUAAAAGGCAAGCAGAAGUCCCUUGUUACUAAUUCACAUUCAGACCAUUUAAUGGAUUGUACCAAGACAGCAGAGCCUGGAACUGAGACGUCUCAGGUUAAUCUCCCUGAUCUUAAAGUGUCAACUCUUGUCCGAAAGUCCCAGUUGGAUUUUAGAAAUGAUGGUCUUUCUCCAAAAUUCAGCACACCGUCAAGCAUUUCCAGUGAGAACUCACUAAUGAAAGGUGUGGCUACAAAUCAAGCUCUGUUACAUUCAAAAAACAAACAGCCCAAGAUCCGAAGCAUCAAGUGCAAACAUAAAGAAAAUCCAGUUGUGGUAGACCCUCCUGUUGCAAAUGAGGACUGCAAUUUGAAAUGCUGCUCUUCUGAUACCAAAGGCUCUCCUUUGGCCAGCAUUUCCAGAAGUGCGAAAGUGGAUGGGCUAAAACUACUGAGCAACAUGCAUGAGAAAACCAGGGAUUCGAGUGACAUAGAAACAGCAGUGGUGAAACACGUUCUGUCAGAGUUGAAGGAGCUCUCUUAUAGAUCCUUAGGUGAAGAUGUCAGUGACUCCGGAACAUCAAAGCCAUCAAAACCAUUACUUUUUUCUUCUGCCUCUGCUCAGAAUCAUAUACCCAUUGAACCAGACUACAAAUUUAGUACAUUGCUAAUGAUGUUGAAAGACAUGCAUGAUAGUAAGACCAAGGAGCAACGGUUAAUGACUGCUCAAAAUUUGGUCUCUUAUCGGAGUCCUGGUCUUGGGGACUGUUCUACCAGUAGUCCUGUAGGGGCUUCUAAGGUCUUGGUUUCAGGUGGCUCCACUCACAAUUCAGAAAAAAAUGGAGAUGGCGCUCAGGAUCCAGUCCGUCCUAGCCCUAGUGCGGGUGACUCUACACUGUCUGGGGACCUGUCUACGUCCCUCCCUAGCUUAGUGUCCGAUAAAAGAGACCUUCCUCCUUCUGGCAAAAAUCGUUCAAACUGUGUCACUAGGCGCAAUUGUGGGCGAUCAAAGCCAUCAUCCAAAUUACGAGAUGGUUUUGCAAACCAGAUGGGAAAGAACACAGUGAACCGUAAAGCCUUAAAGACAGAGCGCAAAAGAAAACUGAACCGCCUCCCAGCUGUAGCUCUUGAGGCUGCAUUGCAGGGAGUCAGAGAGAGUAAGGGUUCAGAGAAUGGCUCCUCCAGAGGUGAGGCAGAAGACCCUGGUAAAGAAGAACCCCUUAAAUUAAUGGGCCAUUUAAUAACUGAGGAUGGUGCCCAAUUUUCCAGUGUUAAUUUUGACAAUAAAGUAAACCAGUCUGAUCCUGGUAAAAUUCCUGAAAAAGGCUCCUCUUUUGAAAACAGAAAAGGCCCAGAGCUGGACUCUGAAAUGAACAGUGAGAAUGAAGAACCCAAUAAUGUAAAUCAAGUGGUGCCUAAAAAGCGGUGGCAGCGUAUAAACCAAAGGCGCACUAAACCUCGUAAGCGCACUAACAGAUUUAGGGAGAAAGAAAACUCUGAGGGUGCCUUUGGGGUCUUGCUUCCUGCUGACCCUGUAAAGAAGGGAGAUGAGUUCCCAGAGCAGAGACCUCCUCCUUCAUCAAACAUACUAGAGGGUGCACUGACAGAUCCAAAUCAUGCUGGCUGCUUAAAUUCAGCUGGGUUGAAUGUUUGUGAUAAAUCCAGUGCCAGCAUUGAAGAGAUGGGAAAGGAGCCAGGAAUUCCCAGUUUGACUCCUCAGCCUGAGCUCCCUGAACCAGCUGUGCGGACAGAGAAGAAACGCCUUAGGAAGCCAAGCAAGUGGCUUCUGGAAUAUACAGAAGAAUAUGAUCAAAUAUUUGCCCCUAAGAAAAAACAAAAGAAAGUACAGGAACAGGUGCACAAGGUAUGUUCCCGCUGUGAAGAGGAAAGCCUUUUAGCCCGAUGUCGAUCUAGUGCUCAGAACAAGCAGGUGGAAGAGAAUUCUUUGAUUUCAACCAAAGAAGAGCCUCCAGUUCUUGAAAGGGAGGCUCCAUUUUUGGAAGGGCCCUUGGCUCAGUCAGAACUUGGAGGUGGACAUGCUGAGUUGCCACAGCUGACCUUGUCUGUGCCUGUGGUUCCAGAAGUCUCUCCCCGGCCUGCCCUUGAGUCUGAGGAAUUGCUAGUUAAAGCACCAGGAAAUUAUGAAAGUAAGCGUCAGAGAAAGCCAACUAAGAAACUUCUUGAAUCCAAUGAUUUAGACCCUGGAUUUAUGCCCAAGAAAGGGGAUCUUGGUCUUACUAAAAAGUGUUAUGAAGGUGGUCACUUGGAGAAUAACAUUACUGAAUCAUGUGCUGCAUCUCGUUCUAAAGAGUUUGGUGGAGGCACUACAAGGCUAUUUGAUAAACCAAGGAAGCGAAAACGACAGAGGCAUGCUACAGCCAAGAUGCAUUAUAAAAAAAUGAAAAAUGACGACUCAUCAAAGGAAACUCCAGGCUCCGAGGGAGAACUGAUGACACACAGGACAGCUGCAAGCCCCAAGGAUGCCAUCGAGGAAGGCAUAGAAAAUGAGCACGGGAUGCCUGCGUCUAAAAAGCUGCAGGGUGAACGAGGAGGAGGAGCUGCACUCAAGGAGAAUGUUUGUCAGAACUGUGAGAAACUGGGUGAGCUGCUGUUAUGUGAGGCUCAGUGCUGUGGGGCUUUCCACCUGGAGUGCCUUGGAUUAACUGAAAUGCCCAGAGGAAAAUUUAUCUGCAAUGAAUGUCGCACAGGAAUACAUACCUGUUUUGUAUGUAAGCAGAGUGGGGAAGAUGUUAAAAGGUGCCUUCUGCCCUUGUGUGGAAAGUUUUACCAUGAAGAGUGUGUUCAGAAGUAUCCACCCACUGUCAUGCAGAACAAGGGCUUCCGGUGCUCCCUCCACAUAUGUAUAACCUGCCACGCUGCUAAUCCCGCCAGUGUUACUGCGUCUAAAGGCCGCCUGAUGCGCUGUGUCCGCUGUCCAGUGGCAUACCAUGCCAAUGACUUUUGCCUAGCUGCUGGGUCUAAGAUCCUUGCAUCUAAUAGUAUCAUCUGCCCCAAUCACUUCACCCCCAGACGGGGCUGCCGGAAUCAUGAGCACGUGAACGUUAGCUGGUGUUUUGUAUGCUCAGAAGGAGGCAGCCUUCUGUGCUGUGAUUCUUGCCCUGCUGCUUUUCAUCGUGAGUGCCUGAACAUUGACAUCCCUGAAGGAAACUGGUACUGCAAUGACUGUAAGGCAGGCAAAAAGCCACAUUACAGGGAAAUUGUCUGGGUAAAAGUCGGACGAUACAGGUGGUGGCCAGCUGAGAUCUGCCAUCCUCGAGCUGUACCUUCCAAUAUCGACAAAAUGAGACAUGAUGUGGGCGAGUUCCCUGUGCUCUUCUUUGGGUCGAAUGACUAUUUGUGGACUCACCAAGCCCGAGUCUUUCCCUACAUGGAGGGGGAUGUGAGCAGCAAGGACAAGAUGGGCAAAGGAGUGGACGGGACAUAUAAAAAAGCUCUUCAGGAAGCUGCAGCAAGAUUUGAGGAGUUAAAGGCCCAAAAAGAGCUGAGACAGCUGCAGGAAGAUCGAAAGAAUGACAAGAAGCCACCACCGUAUAAACACAUAAAGGUGAACCGUCCCAUUGGCAGGGUACAGAUCUUCACUGCAGACUUGUCUGAAAUUCCCCGUUGCAACUGCAAAGCUACUGAUGAGAACCCGUGUGGGAUCGACUCUGAGUGCAUCAACCGCAUGCUGCUCUAUGAGUGCCACCCCACCGUGUGUCCCGCUGGAGGGCGCUGCCAAAACCAGUGCUUUACCAAGCGCCAAUAUCCAGAGGUUGAAAUUUUUCGCACGUUACAGAGGGGCUGGGGUCUCCGGACAAAAACAGAUAUUAAAAAGGUAGAACACGAUAUCACUAAUUUCUACAUGCUCACUCUAGACAAAGACCGGAUUAUUGAUGCUGGUCCCAAAGGAAACUACGCACGGUUCAUGAAUCAUUGCUGCCAGCCCAAUUGUGAGACACAGAAGUGGUCUGUGAAUGGAGACACCCGUGUUGGCCUUUUUGCCCUAAGUGACAUUAAAGCAGGCACUGAACUUACCUUCAACUACAACCUAGAAUGUCUUGGGAAUGGAAAGACUGUUUGCAAAUGUGGAGCCCCGAACUGCAGUGGCUUUUUGGGUGUAAGGCCAAAGAAUCAGCCCAUUGCCACAGAGGAGAAGACAAAGAAAUUCAAGAAGAAGCAACAGGGGAAACGCAGGACCCAGGGUGAAAUCACAAAGGAGCGAGAGGAUGAGUGUUUCAGCUGUGGGGAUGCUGGCCAGCUCGUCUCCUGUAAGAAGCCAGGCUGCCCCAAAGUUUACCAUGCAGACUGUCUCAAUCUAACCAAGCGACCAGCAGGGAAAUGGGAGUGCCCUUGGCAUCAGUGUGACGUCUGCGGGAAGGAAGCGGCCUCCUUCUGUGAGAUGUGCCCCAGCUCCUUUUGCAAGCAGCACCGGGAAGGCAUGCUCUUCAUCUCCAAACUGGACGGGCGCCUGUCUUGUACUGAGCACGACCCCUGUGGGCCCAACCCUCUGGAACCUGGGGAGAUCCGUGAGUAUGUACCUCCCCCAGUACCGCUGUCUCCAAGCCCGAGCGCUCGCCUGGCAGAGCAGUCACCAGGAGCGGCUGCUCAGGGGCCCAGGACGUCGGACAAGCCAUCUGCUGACACCAAUCAGACGCUGUCGCUGUCCAAAAAAGCUCUGGCAGGGACUUGUCAGAGGCCGCCGCUGCCUGAAAGACCUGACAGAACUGACCCCAGGCCCCAGCCUGUGGACAGGGUCAGGGGCCUUGCUGGGUCAGGGACCAAACCCCAGUCUUUGGUAUCCAGCCAGAAGCCACUGGACAGGCCACCUGCAGUGGUAGGACCAAGACCCCAGCUGUCUGACAAACCCUCUCCGGUGACUGGCCCAAGCUCCUCGCCCUCAGUCAGGUCCCAACCACUGGAAAGACCUCUGGGAACAGCUGACCCAAGGCUGGAUAAAUCCAUAGGUGCUGCCAGCCCAAGGCCACAGUCGCUGGAGAAAACCCCAGUCCCUUCUGGCCUGAGACUCCCACCACCAGAGAGACUGCUAGUCACCAGCAGUCCCAAACCCCAGACUUUAGACAGGCCCCCUGAGAAAUCCCAUGCCUCUCUGUCCCAGAGACUUCCACCUCCUGACAAAGUGCUGUCAGCUGUGGUCCAGACCCUGGUAGCUAAAGAAAAAGCGCUGAGGCCCGUGGACCAGAACACUCAGUCAAAGAAUAGAGCUGCUUUGGUUAUGGACCUCAUAGACCUAACUCCUCGCCAGAAGGAUCGGGCAGCUUCUCCCCGUGAGGUCCCACCACAGGCUGAUGAGAAGAUGUCAGUGUUGGAGUCGAGCUCGUGGCCUGCCAGCAAAGGUCUGGGGCAGAUGCCGCGAGCUGUUGAGAGAGGCAGCGUAUCAGAUCCUGUCCUCCAGCCACCAGGCAAAGCUGUGGCCGCUUCGGAGCACUCCUGGAAAGCUGUUAAAUCACUCACCCAGGCCAGACUUCUUUCUCAGUCCCCUGCCAAGGCUUUUUUAUAUGAGCCAGCAACUCAGGCCUCAGGAAGAGCACCUGCAGGGGCUGAGCAGACCCCAGGGCCUCCCAGCCAAGCACCAGGCCUGGUGAAGCAGGUGAAGCAGAUGGCCGGGGGCCAGCAACUACCUGGACUUGCUGCCAGGAGUGGGCAGUCCUUCAGGCCUCUUGGGAAGGCCUCAUCCUCCCUCUCCACGGAAGAGAAGAAGUUGGCAACCACAGAUCAGAGUCCUUGGGCCCUGGGAAAGGCCUCACCAGGGCCAGGGUUCUGGCCCAUGGUGGCUGGGCAGACACUGGCUCAAUCUUGCUGGUCCUCCGGGAGCACACAGACAUUGGCACAGACUUGCUGGUCUCUUGGACGAGGGCAAGACCCUAAACCAGAGCAAAGUACACUUCCAGCUCUUAACCAGGCUCCUUCCAGUCACAAGUGUGCAGAGUCAGAACAGAAAUAAUAACCAGUAAAUGUCACAUGACCAGACCAGCUGACCCCAGGGUCUUUGGGGAAGGGAAAUCUUUCUUUUUCCCCUCUUAAAAAACAGACAGAUCCCCAACACUUUUACACUGUUACUCUUUCCUUACAUCCCAACACUCAGAACUCCCGUGACAUUAGCCAGUGGGGGCUUGUGGUUGUGUGAACCAUGUAUGGGGGUCCAAGUGGGCCCUGGCCAAGGAGACAGACAGACUCGGGUCUCUUUCCCCCAACCUUUACUCGUGGUCAACUUGAAAUAAAGAGUCCACUCUGGAGUCAA